ACAAGAUCUGCAUCCCAAGGCACAAGUCAAGUGGGUGAGGCCAGUUCCUUCCAGGAUUCUAGCUGCGACUGCAGAAGCAACUGCUAAGUCAAAGUUCAAGCAAUUCAAGAGAAGGACUGAAGAAAAUAGGAGAGGCUGGAGAGAUGGAGCCCCUCGAGAGGAAUGUGGACCUAAAAUUGGCAGAAUUUUCCUCGUCAUAUGAGUCCAGUGCAAAAUUAUCCCGUCCCUGGUAUUUCAGAAUUCAAGAUAUCAGGCAGCAAAUCUUCAUCCUGGUGAACAACAUCUUGAUUGCAGGUCCAUCAAAGUCCCAUUUAUCAGGGCACUGCAUGGAAGUGGUCCCAAAUCGUACCCUAGAUUCAGACAGAAGUCCUGUCAUUAUGGGCCUGAAUAGAUCAAAGAUUCUGUCCUGCAUGAAAUCUGGUGAGGGUCCACCUCAGCUACAGCUAGUGACAGGAGAUGUUAUGGACCUUUAUGAGAAACACGAGGAAUCAUUGGAGUUCACUUUCUACACCCAGCCCAACGUCAGCGAAACAACUUGGUACUUUGAAUCAGCAGCUUUUCCAGGGUGGUUCCUCAGCACUUCUCCUGAACCAUACAAGCCUCUUCGUUUGAGUCAGGGAGAUAAUUCCGACACCACUCUCUUUUACUUAAAAAAAAGAAGGAUUUGUAAAUAGUUGAGAAGCAUAGUUUCUAAGAUGAAGAUGUUAAUACCCAUGUAUAAAUCUUCCUGAACUUAAUGUGUAACUCCAUGAUAGCUGUAGGAUUUAAAAUCAAGGAGGUGGAGGUUCAGGAAGUUGGUGAGGAUUGGUGUAGAUGCAGACAUUAGCCUGUUUUAGCCAAGUCUGUUGUCAUCCUGACUGAUGUAAAGAACCUAGCCAAGCUACAGUCCACAUGGACAAGCAAGAAUAGCAUAAUUCAGUUGUCUGGUUUGGAGGAUGUCUUUCAGAUCAAAUGAAAAGGGUCAGAACGUUCCAACAAAGGGAGAAAUUUUUUAUUUUGCUGAGUAGAGUUGUUUCUUAUUAAGUAGUGAGUAGAGUUGCUUCUGAGUAGAGUUGCUUCUUAGGAAGGGUGAACAAACCUAAGAAAUGAAUUUUCAAAAUGACUGUGUUACAUAUUUGUAUUAAUCAUUGCAACUAUGAGAAUUAAUGUCCAGAGGGUCUCUAUACCUGACCACCAAAGGAGACAUCUUGAAUCAGCUGUACUUGCAUUUCAAUCAUUGCAUAUUGAGUCAGUAAACAAAUGCUGAUGUCUGGUAACACGAAUUGUUUAUUUUUUGGCAAUUUGUUUUUCUUUCUGUAAAUCUUUGUUCAACUUUACUUGAAACCUGUUUUGACGGCUUAAAUAGUAGAAAGUAGUUGGAAUAUAUAAAUAGAAGAUAUCUGCUUUAGGAAGAAACCUUGCCUGAUUUAAAGCAAUAGGUAAUGCAUGUUAAACCAGCUUUGUUCUUUUUUUAAAAAAAAAAUUAAUUGAGAUUUUCUUAUUAAAAAACAAAAAGCCAGGAACAAAACAUAAAGUGUACUAUAAAAAGGAUAUCGCACCUAAAAAACAACUUCAUUACACUUGCAAAUACAAACAUUAACACAAGAUAUAUAUUCACCUAUACAAGUCCUCAUCCAUACCCACCUAUGUAAAUAAGUAAGUAAAUAAAAAAGAAAUAAGAAAAAACCAAAAACCAGCUUUGUUCUUAACUGUGACAAGUUGUAAAUUAUUCCAGGAACUUGAGAAGUGAAUGACCAUUUCUGUAAUAUAACCAACACAGAUGUGUUAAGAAAUAUUCAAGGAGUGGUUCAGCCUUAAUCAUUUCUUCCAUUCCCAGUGGGAUUUUAGUCGACAUCUUUGAAAAGAGUUUUCCUAGCAGGUUUGUUUUAGAAUAAAGAAGAUUCCCAAGAAUCCAAAUAAUUGCUAUCCUUUAAGUGAAUCACAAGGUAAUUGUGGGUUAGUUGCUGACCUGCUAGCAGUAAAUUCUGGACAUCAAAGGAAAAGCAACAAAGAACAGUAACCUCCUUGUCAGGAGAGACCUUGACAAAUUUUGUUUGGGCAUAAGAACUAACCACAAAAUUAGAAACCAGAAGUAGGAGUCAGGUUUCAGGCUUUCAUAAUUAACAUUUUUUCUAAUGAUUGCUACCACAAAACCUAAUCCUAUCUUCUUUUCACAGUUUCAUGUAAUUUUAUUAAUGCAGUGACAAAGAUGUUGUAGCAUACAAAUAUAGAGUAACUAUGGUUGUCACUACUACAACAAAGGCAGACCCAAUGUUCAGUUUUUGGGAGGGGAUUUUGGUGCAGCAAAAGACACUUAAAUUGCCAUGUCUUCCAAAAGAAGAACAGCCUAUGAUUUUACUGACCUAAAAAAAACAGAAAGGUGAAUUGGUCCAAUAUGACCUCAAAGAAUUAAGUGUGAAUUGGGCUGUGCAUUUUCACAAGAGCUGCCAAAAAAGUUGAUCGCUUGAUCCAGCAAAGGACUCUCUAGAAGUGUCACACCCACAAGGAACUUACAAAUUAUUGUGGAAGUGCCAGGAGGAGUACACAGAGAAGGAAACUUCAGCCCCUGCAAAGGAACUCAAAAGACCAUCUUCACCAUUUCCGAAUGUUAAUUGGCCACUCUAAGGGUCUCUGGUCCCUUUCUUUUUGCUCAGUUGUCGACUCCCUCAUAAGAAGAAUGCAUUAGCCCAUUUUUCUUUCAGAUCAUAUCUGUUGUACAUCUUAUUCUGUGCUACAAUUUGAUACCAAAGCCCAUGGGAAACCACUCUCAGUUCCCGGGGGUCUCAUUGUGUUUGUAGUUGCUCUAAGGAUUUCCUCUUUGGGGAUAUGGGCAAAUGCUGGAGACAGUUUUCUUGUACAAACAAUUGAAACAGCAGCAACAAGCUGGGGGCCUUUAAGGGAUUGCCUGGGAAAUAAAUCAUUGAGAAAUUUCCUGCUGGUUUAAAUCUGUGGAAUUCUUUAAACUCUUAGAAGACCAAUUCCUACACCGAUUAAUAUUUUAUCCUACCUGUUCUCCAUGGAGCAGUGUAGAUGGUUUUGUACCCUCCUCCUCCUGCAAUAACUACGUGAGGUAGGCUGAGACACACUGUGCCUGGUAUAAGGAA